CUUCGGGAUCAUUUCCUCUCUUCAUUGAAAUCUGAAAUAUUCUUGCUAAUAUGUAUAGGAUGAGCUGAUGCAACGAAAUGCACAUUUGUCGUGAUUAGGUAAUAGGAACGUCCUACUCUUAUAUCUUUACCGAUGAACUUGGCUUACAUUAAGUAAUCUUCUUUGCGUAUGAAAUGAACACGAUCUUUUUCAAAACCAUGUUCUUGCUUUCAAAUUUUGAAUUUCAAAUGCUACCUUUAUUUAGAAUUCUAUCUCUUUCGAGUCUUGUGAGCGGAUUUCCAUCAAAUGCCGAACCAAAUUUACCAAAGUUAGAACCUUCUAGUUUCAUUGUAAAGGUAUUGGAAAAUGGUACUCCGGUGAAAGACUCUUUAAACAAAGAAGAUUUACUGAAACCAAAUUCAGCCAUCGUCACAUGUAUAGGAAACGAACGAGUCACUUCCAAGGAUCAUUUUCAAGACACAAGAUUGAUGAAAUUUACGCUUGAAAAUUUAAAUUACGAUCCAGGAGAUGUGCUCGUAGUUAGACCUCAAAACAGCGACCAAGCAGUGAAUUAUUUUUUUGAAUUAUUUAAAAACCGAAAGGACGAUUUUAAUGAAAAUUCCGUUGUUAAUGUUUCGAAAAAUAUCGAAAACAUCUUCAUUCCUCCGGCAUUGGAUAAACCUGUUGCUUUUAAAAAUGUGAUCAAAGAAUAUUUCAACUUAGAUACGAUGCCUCGACGAUACACGUUAGAAAUUUUCUGGCAUUUUACCGAUAGAGAAGAAGAACGACAAAACUUGAUGAAAUUCAUGAGCGCAGAAGGAACCAAAGAAUUUUACAAGCGUUUCAUCUUGCCUAAGCGAACAGUUUUGGAAGUAUUGGAAGAAUUUCCUGGCGUUGUGGAGAAAAUUCCGAUAGAUUAUUUGUUUGAAAUAUUUCAAGAUAUUAAACCGAGAUCAUAUUCAAUAGCAUCGUCUCCUAAGGUUCAUAAAGAUGAAAUCCACCUUUUAGUUGCUGUUGUAAAUUAUAAAACUGAUCUGGAUAAGCCAAGAUCUGGCUUAUGUUCGACCUGGUUAGCAUCUUUUCAGAAUGGCAGUAAAGCUGCGGUAUAUCUAGCCAAAGGAUUACUUUCAUUUCCAAAAUCAAAAGAUUCCCCUACUAUGAUCAUGGUAGGACCCGGUACUGGUAUUGCUCCAUUUAGGAGUUACGUCCAUCAGACAUCAGACUCCAAUGAAACUGACAAAAACUACGUCUUUUUCGGAUGUCGCAGCCAAUCUGCGGAUUAUUAUUUUGCUGACGAAUGGGAUACAUUGCAAAAAGAAAAUAAAACUCAUUUAUUCGCCGCUUUCUCACGAGAUCAACCUGAAAAAAUAUAUGUGCAGCAUAUUAUCGAGAAAAACGCAGAACUGAUGUGGAAACUCAUUGCUCAUCGAAAUGCCAGUAUUUAUGUGGCUGGUAAUGCGAUAAAUAUGCCAAAUGAAGUGAAGAAGGCUUUUAUCUCUAGUUACUCGAGUUAUGGAAACGUAAGCCAGACCCGAGCAGAAGAAUUUUUCAUGGAUAUGGAAACGAAUGGAAGAUAUCAGACUGAAACCUGGUGAACUCAAGAUAGACAUCUACAAUUUUAGUUUCAGAUACCUACCUACUUUCGUGUAAUCUGUUCCGCAUUUAUUCGUAUCGAAAUCUUACGAGGUGUUUUUCUAACGUGUUAUUUGAAAAACGUGUUUCUCGACGAUUCGAAUAAAGUAUAGGCAGAAAAUUGAAAAACCAAUAUUUUCUCAUCAUUUUGCAAAGGUCUCCUUUAAAUUUUUCGUGAUAUGAAAAAUAUCUGGUUUUCAAUUCGAUGCCUACAUCGCUGAAAUUUUCCAAACUUAAACACUUUCUGUGAUUGUUGAUAUCGUUAAUUUUUAUUUAAUUUUCUAUUUAUAUAUGUAAUUUCGAACGACUUUUUGUUAGGAAUACCGUCAAAAUUUGUUAUUUUUUUUCAACAUUGUAAUGUAAUCAACUUUGGUAUUUAUGUCGAGUGAAAUCAAAAAGUGUAAAAAAGUUUUUCAAUAAAAUUAUGGUGCCCGCAUA